AUGUCCGACCCCGACAUGUCCUCGCCCGCGUCGUCGGGCGCCACCACCCCGUCCGACGGAUCCUGGGUCGACGUCGCAUCCGCCGCGAGCGCCGGCGCCGAAGGGGACGAACCACCCACGACGACGACGACGACGGCGACGACGCGCGUCUCUGCUGGUCCAAGGAAGGCGCGAGGCGACGACGACGGGGACGCCUCGGCGGACGCCGGCGGCGCCGGCGCGGGGUUCGAGCGCGGGAGUUCGCGCCCCCCGGCAAAAUCGAACCCUGGACCGCGGAACACCCCUGACAUCAGCGACGCCGUCGCGGCGCUCCGGCGGUGCGCGGCGAGGCGCCUCCGCGCGCUCGCCGAGCGCCUCGAGCACUCGGACGACGAGGACGAGGACGAGGAGAAGGACGAGGACGAGGACCGACUCGCGAAGAAGCUCGCGCGCGUCGCGCGCUCGCUCGCCGCGGACAUCGCGCGGCGCGUCGCCCGCGCCGUCGCCGAGACGUACGUCGCGUGCCGCCUCGGGUUCGCGCGCCACCUGUGCCCCCGCUCCGAAAGAAGCGGCACGGCUGGCGAAGGGUGGGGCGUCGCGAGUCGGCCUCGACGUCGACCGCGCCAGCUGUGCGCGCCUCCGUGGAACGUCAUCGCGCCGAUCCUCGUCGGGCUCCUCGUCGGGCUGGCGUGGAAGCGGGCGUGCGCCGGCGGCGCGAACCAGCAUCCGCCGCCGCCCAAAUGCGGGCUGUGA